AUGAACGAAGAAGAAGAGACAAUACAACAUCCAUCGUCACUAACAACCGUCUUCCUGGACCAACCGCCAAGCUGUCUCGAAUUCUGCCCCGCCGAUCCCGACCAUUUCGUCGUGGGGACGUACCUCCUUUCAGAGGCGAAAAAGAAAAAUCAGGACGACGGCAAUGGAGCAGAAGAAGAUGAAAAUGAAGAAGUGGUAGUGGACCAGAAAAAGACUGGGAGUUUACAGCUGUGGCGGUUGGAUGUGAUGGCUUCUGAAUUAACCCAGAAGCAAGUCGUCACCCUACCGCACGCUGUCUUCGACCUCCAUUUCCAUCCUCGAGAACGCACUCUUCUUGCCGUUGCGACUAGCGCUGCUUCCGUAUCUCUGUAUCGCGUUGCCAGAUCUGAGGCGAGCGCCCCAGAUUUGGAUUUUCCCCAGAUCCAGCACAUCUGGACGAUCCAGACGCAUGAAGACCCGACUAUCCCUGCGCUCUUCCUUGCCUGGGCUCCUGAACGGUGGUUUCCGUUCGGUAAGAGCGUAUGCUUUUGUGAUGGAUCUACCAGCGCAGAUGGCUUCGCAGUCACGUUCUCAGACGGCAGGACGUCCGUCUUCACAGCUCGGCGGGGUGGCGAGCAGCUCGUGAGGGCAGAAUUUGUCGAAUCUCAAUUCGAACCGCGGGAAAGUAUCGAGACGUGGUUCGUUGCGCUGGCCACGUUUCAGCCAGCAUCAAGCAGUGGUAAUAAUAAUGCACAGGCAAUCCCGUUCCUAUUCACAGGCAACGACUUCGGCUCUCUCCAGACACGACGGUUUGCACCUGUCGAGCAAGAAGAUCCCUCUAACGACGGGGAUAUGGAUAUGGAUAUGGAUCUGAAUAAUUAUGAGGCUCUCAAUUUCGACGACAAAGCCCGUCACCACACCGCCGGCGUGACAGCGAUCCUCCCCCUGCCCACCCCGUUGAUACAGGACUCUCCGUUGCUGCUAACAGGAAGCUACGACGAGUUUAUCCGUGUCUAUCACGCGACGCCCCGGACAAAGGGCAAGGUCCUUGCCGAGACGAGAUUGGGCGGAGGCGUCUGGCGGUUGCAAUUAAUCGACAUUGUUGAAGAAGGGCGAGAAAGAGAUCCGUUGACCGUGCAGUCGUCAUCAGAAGAUGAUAGUAAUGAGGAUACUACUUCGUACAGGACGAGAUUCCUCAUCCUGGCAAGCUGCAUGCAUGCCGGAACGAGGAUAUUAAAUGUCAUAUGGCGGAGGAGAAGAGCAAGAAGUAGCAGCAGUUCCGAUGUCACAGACUCGGGAUCAGGAGCCUUAAUUGAGGAGGAGGUUGGAGAGUGGGAUAUACAGCUCCUGGCCAAAUUCACAGAGCAUCAGAGCAUGAAUUACGCUUCUGAUUUCUGGAAACAGAGAGGCGAUGGAGGCGGACGCGGUGGGAAGGAGGAGGAGGAGGAGAAAGAAGAGAAUAAGAAGCAGUUAGUAUGCCUCUCGAGCAGUUUCUACGACAGGAGACUGUGCUUGUGGAGGGUUGACAUCUAG